AGUUUAAGUUCCGAAUGGGUUGGACCUAUGGAAAUGGACCAGGAUGUAACGAGACGAAGAUUGGACAGCUUGUCACUGGGAUGUCAUCAUCCUACUGGAUGUGUGACAAGUGUUCCCUCAAAAAUAUCUCAAAUCUGAACUACAUAUGUACCGGUGCUAGCAGGUCUGAGGACUGGGAGCAAGGGGAGCGGACAUUCAAAUACACCUUCUCGGGACCCGGGCCGUACACUGUGUCAUUCACAGGAGGUGCCUGGAUGACACUAAGUUACGGCAGUACUUCCAACUGGAACAUCUCUACGACGGUCGAUAUGAGGAUACGGAGCGAUACCAAUCGGCCAAACCAGAGUCCGAUCACGGCCAGUAAACCAAUAUAUAAAAUGCAGAGUGACUGCUCACACAACUUGAAGAUUCCCAUGAUAGACGCUGACGGCGAUGACGUCAGAUGUCGGUGGUCGCGAGGAGAUGAGUGUGCCAGUGUAUGCAAGGCACUCCCAGACGCCACCCUCGAUCAGGAUACAUGCACGAUUCACUUCGAUACAGACACGUCAAAACACUACAUACAAGGGGGCUGGUACGCUGUGGCAAUAACCGUGGAGGACUUUCCCACCACCAGUAUCACGGUCGGGGGUGCUGCAUUCGGUCCUACUCGGCCACUCUCCGUUGUACCUCUUCAGUUCCUGAUCACAGCACCUCCUCUGAGCGGACCCUGUGCCGACAGACCUGUGUUUGUGGAUCCAACACCAUCAGAGGGUGACGUUAUUCCGAUCAAGGAAAGACAAAGUUUGAGUGUCAAAAUCUACGCCUCCUCUUCAUCUAGAAUAACCAACAUUCAGUUGACAGCCCCGUCUGGCAUAUCCAAAUCGUCUCUCUUGAAAGAUCCCAGCAAACCAGGGGUAUGGUAUAUCAUAGUCACGUGGACGCCUACUUCCGCUCAGAAAGGAACACAUAUACUUUGUGCUAUGGCAGACGACAAUCAAGGAAAGACAAGCGACCCUAGGUGUGUGACACUCCUGGCGUGGGACAGGGAUCCGUGUCAAUCUUACCCCUGUGUGAAUAAUGCUACCUGUUCAAGGGUAGGAUUUACAGAGGAUUUCAACUGCGCGUGUGUACCAGGAUUUACGGGACGUCUGUGUGAAACAGAUAUUGACGAGUGUCAAAGCAGUCCAUGUAAGAACGCAGGUUAUUGCCUGGACCAGAUAGCGAGGUAUGAGUGUCGCUGUGACGCCGGGUACACAGGAGUAAACUGUGAAAUAGAUAUUAAUGAAUGUUUGAGUCAGCCGUGUCUAAAUGGUGGAUCCUGUGUCUACCAUGUCAAUUUGUUUACCUGUAACUGUAGUGCAGGCUACACCGGGGACCUGUGUGAAAUUGAAAUAGACGAAUGCCUCAGUAACCCCUGUCAGAACAACGCUUCAUGUGUUGAUUUGUUGAACAAGUACUACUGCGCAUGUGCAGACGGCUUCGUUGGUGCAAGAUGUGAAAUAGAACUGGACGAGUGUGUCAGCUCACCCUGCCUGAUGAACGGGACCUGUAUUGACCUCGUCAACGGGUACAAGUGCAUUUGUCCGGGCGGCUGGACGGGGCAGUACUGUCAAACAGGCCUUCCAUCAUGUGACUCUGCGCCCUGUUUACACGGCGGGACCUGUGAGAACGUCUUUCCGGACUUUGUUUGCCACUGUCCGACUCCAUGGCAGGGAAAGAUCUGCGAGUCCCGCCCGUUACCAAUGGGCAAGAAAUGCACAGGUUUGCAGUAUACCGAGUGCGACUGCUUUAUUAACUCCAAAGGGCAGAAACGGGAACAGAACUACAAGCUUGAGUUUGGACUUGGUGGAGCAGCUGUCGGUCUUGUAACCAGUUUGUUAGCUUAUAUCCUGUACCAUUUCUGCCAGUGGAUUGGGCCCAGUACCCUGUUCCAUGGCCCAAUCACGCACGUACAUCCACUUUCGUCAGAGGAGAGGGUAUCAACUAACACGAACAAUGAUCCUACACAAUCAGCUAAGAAAGCGCCACUACCCUGUCGACCAAUGUCGUCAGCGCCUUCAGGUUCCUCUUUCGAAUUUCCUCCUACAAAAUACAAAACCUCCACACCUUUCACCUCCGCCAGAGUAACCCUGGAGGAGACAGUUUCGUAAUACAUGUGUAGUUGGCAAAAUAAAGCCAUGACAUGUUCUCGAUGAUAAUUAACAACUUUUUAACGGAAAUCCCGGAAAAAACAAUUACUAGAUCGGCCUUUAGUGACUAACAGUUUGUUAACAUAUUAUAUUAUAAUAAUUAAUAAGUAUGUAUGUAGGAAGCGGUAUGUGUAUGUAUGUGCAUGUUGAAUCAGAAACAUCCGGCGUGAAGUAAAUUUAUGUUAACAGUUGUUCCUUUAUUUUUGAUGAUGGAGAAAUAAAAUUUAUUGAACCUAAAAUAAUAAUACAACACAUAAUUGUUGUUAUUAAGGCAUUUCAGCCAGACCAUAUCAGUAAUGGAAUUUGUAAGGAGAAAAAAGCCAAUAGUAUUAAAAUUAUGAAAUAGUAACUACACAUCUGUCGUUCUGGGAUAUCCAUGAAGUAGUAAAAUGAUUCAAAUGCCCAUGUAUAUUUUAAAUGUAUUGCUUGUAAGCGUUAAGGUUGGCUUAGGGUAAAAACAACUUGAAAUGCACAUGCAUGAAUUUACUUGUAGUCUAAAUACUAGGGUUUGAUUAUGUACAUUUUUAUCAGGCCUUGUUAGUCUCAUAAUUAUACUGAAAGGGAAAAAAACGCACCUAGAAAUUAUCCAAUUUACUAAGGGAAAUAAAGAGAUGCUAUACAUCUUGUAGAAUGUAAUAUUGGUGCAAUUGAAAGAUAGAAAACCACUAUGUCGUCUGUGAAAUUUUCAUGCAUGUUCGCCAAUAGAAAUGCCUGUUGCAAAUAAGAUCAGAUAAUAUUGCAAAGGCUUCCGUUCAACGUCAGAUAAGGCAAAUGUUUUACAUAUGUGUAAAAAGGACUAGACUUGCUUGGUGGUCAAAGAAACCAUACUUAUAUAUAUGGUUUUGAGGUGUUGGUAGGUGAUAUAUUUACAUUUUUGCCAUCAUGAACUGAAUUGGAAAUAUCAAUUUCAUUUGUUGGAAAUGAGUAGAUUUACAUGUAAAUGGUAAAUAUCGUUGAUGAAGUUUCGUUUUCCAA